AUGCGUUCUUUCGCUCUUCUCGCAGCGGUAUUGCCGUUGGUUCAGGCAAUUGAGCCUCCGCGAAUGCCACACCAGCCCCUUGGUAACGGUACAAAACGGCUCAGUUAUAACGAAUCCACCACCUCAGCGUUAUCCCCCAGCACUCGAUCCUUUACUUGGGUUGGCACCGGCAAAGAUGGCGACUACAUCUACACGGCCGCUUCUGGAGACUUUGUCUUUGAGAAUGUCGCAACAGGAGAAUCGUCGACGUUCCUCUCCGCUGAUCAGGUCCCCAAGGAUUACUGGGACUACUUUAUCUCGCCCGACGCGACCAAAGUCAUGUGGGCUGUAAACUACACCAAGCAGUACCGUCACUCAUACUUUGCCGACUACCUGAUCAUGGACGUUGCAACUGGCGAGUCUGUGCCUCUAGACCCCGAGCAGGUCGGUGACAUCCAGUAUGCCAAGUGGAGCCCAGUAUCGUCGUCUCAGGUUGCUUUUGUCAAGGGCAACAACCUGUACAUGUCCACCAACGGUACCGUUUCACAGAUCACUGAGAACGGUGGUCCAGACUACUUCAAUGCUAUCCCCGACUGGGUCUACGAGGAGGAAAUCUUCGGCGACCGCUACACGCUUUGGUUCUCUCCCGAUGGUACCAGGAUCGCCUUCCUGAGCUUCAACGAAACGGGUGUUGGUACAUUCAGAAUUCCUUACUACAUCAACGACGAUGCUGAAUACGUGCCCGUUUACCCCAACGAGCUCGAGCUGCGCUACCCCAAGGUCGGCACCAAGAACCCGACUGUUGUUAUGAACAUGCUCGAUGUUGCAUCGGGCGAAGUCAGCAACAUCCCAAUCGAUGCUUUCCCGGAGGAUGAUCUCGUCAUCGGCGAGGUUGUCUGGCUUACCGAGGAGCACAGCAAAGUCAUCUACCGCGCAUACAACCGCGUUCAAGAUAUGGAGAAAUUGGUUGUCGUCAAUGUUGAGUCUGGCUCAUCCAAGGUCACCCGCGAGCGUGAUGGUACCGACGGAUGGCUGGAGAACCUGAUGCAGAUCCGAUACAUUGGAGCUGUUGAGACCUCCAAUGCUUCGUACGGUAACGCCACUGAGUACUACAUGGAUUUAUCAGACAUGAGCGGAUGGGCGCACAUCUACCUGUUCCCAGUUGACGGUGGUGAGCCGAUCGCCUUGACGUCUGGAGAGUGGGAGGUCAUCAGCGUUCCCAAGGUCGACUACUCCCGCAGAUUAAUCUACUACACAUCCACCGAGCAUCACAGCGCUGAAUCGCACAUGUACUCUGUGAGCUUCUCCGGCAAGAAGACCCCACUUGUCGAUGACAGUGUGACUGCUUUCUGGACCGGAUCCUUCUCCUCUGGUGGGUCUUACUACGUCUUACGUUACGCUGGUCCCGACGUGCCAUACCAAGAGCUCUACUCCAUCAACUCCAGCGAACCCAUCCGCACCAUUGUCAACAACACUGCGCUUUACGAAAAACUCCAAGGAUACGCUCUUCCCAACAUCACGUACCUAGACAUGGAGCACCCAUCCGGCUACACUCUCGACGCCAUGCUGAGGCUCCCUCCCAACUUUGACCCCAGCAAGAAGUACCCCCUGCUUCUCAUCCCCUACGGUGGACCCAACGCCAAGGAAGUGCAAAAGAGCUUCAACCCCCUUAACUGGAAAGCCUAUGUCGCCUCUGACCCCGAGCUCGAAUAUGUGACCCUUACCGUCGACGGCCGUGGAACCGGCCGCAAAGGUCGCGCCUUCCGCUCCCUCGUAACCUCCAACUUAGGCGAGCUCGAAGCCAAGGACCAAAUCUGGGCCGCCAAGGAAAUGGCAAAGAACGAAUGGAUCGACAGCGAGCACAUUGGCAUCUGGGGCUGGUCUUACGGUGGCUACCUCUCCUCUAAAGUCGUCGAAGUCGGCGACCCCAUCAUCAGCUACGCCAUGAUCACCGCCCCCGUCAGCGACUGGCGCUUCUACGACUCCCUCUACACCGAACGCUACAUGAAAACGCCCACCAUCAACCCCGCCGGCUACAACCGCAGCCGCGUGUACGAUGCCUCUGGCUUCAAGAAGAUCGCCGGCGGCGUCGUCAUCCAGCACGGCACCGGCGACGACAACGUCCACUUCCAGAACUCGGCUGCCCUUGUUGAUCUCCUCAUGGUCAACCAGGUUACGCCCGAGAAGAUGCAGAAUACCUUCUUCACCGACAGCGACCAUAGUAUUAAUUUCCAUAAUAACGGCAAGUUCUUGUAUAAGCAGUUGAGUAAGAAGCUUUAUGAGGAGAAGGCUAGGAAGGGGGAUAGUAAGGGUAGUCAUCAGUGGAGUAAGAGGGGGGAGGCGAGGACGUGGGCUGCGUAG